AUGUGGAAAAUAGUGCUGAUCGCCGCGCUGGCCAUCGGUGGUCGGUGCCGGGCGGAGCCGGAGGAUGAGGCGAAAAACUCCAAGGACUCAUAUCUUGCCGCGUUGAGAAACUCGCAGAAAAUAAAUGCCGUACCUUACAAAGGUACACCGAUCCGGAUAUCCCGGGGCGACUACAACGUCGUACCAUCCAGCUCCUACGACUACAGUCUCCCGGCGGCCAACUACGGGCCUCCGACGUCCACCGGCAACGAACUCUACCAGCCGGCACCGCACAAGGAGUACGGACCUCCGCCCAAGCCCAUCUACGGUCCGCCGAAGCCGAUCUACGGGCCACCGCAUCCCCCGCCACCGCCACCGCAUGGCCCCGUCAGCCACGGCAUGCCGUACUUCAGUCCGGAAAAUUGGCUGCUCAGUAAGCUCAAGUUCAAGUUCGACCUGUUCACCGUGGCCAAGAUACUGCUCAAGCUGGUGAUUUUCAAGAAGAUCGUCAAGUUCAUCGCCCUGCUCUGCCUGCUGUUCUUCAUUCCCACGCUGAAGCCGUCCGGCGGUGGUGGCGGAAGCCACAGCGACGAGAGCAGCGAGGAGGAACGACGCCGGUCGUACGAUUUGCAGUUCGACUACCAGCGAAGGCUCGGCGAGGUGACUGAAUUCGCGCUGACCGCCCUGGAGGCCUUCACCGUUGACAAUGCUCUUUAUUGCCCGGAGGAAAACCUGCUGUCAUGCCGCUUCAAGCGAAUGUUCGACGUGGUCGAUGAGUCGUAUCCCGUGUCAAAGAUCUACUCCAUUUACCUUCCACCGGUGGAAUCGGAAGCGGACAACUCUACCGGGGGAAAGUCCUCGGAGGAGCAAACUAUAGACCGUGCUGAUGCCAACGUGGGGCAGGAGGUGGAAGAGAAUUAG